AUGACGACCCACUGUUGUGUAUGCGGCAAAUUCGUAUCAAUGUCUGAAUGUUUAAAGUGUUCUAAAUGCACUCUAAAGGGUCAUCGUUCGUGUAUGUUCAAUAGCAACCCGGAUACGAAAAGUGCAGCAACGCCCUGGCUUUGCAAAAAUUGCAAAACAAAAACAAACGUAACCAAAAACAUGUCUGCAGCCGGUUCAGAAAGUUCCAGUGGUUCUGUGCACUCCUCACCUAGACUUUGUGAUGCGGAGGAGUUAUCCGUCGCUCAAAACAUAACUCAGCUGCGUGAGGAAUUCUGUAACGUCACCCGUGAAAUCUCACUCUUCCGACAAGAAAUGUCGCGGUUAACAGUGUUGUUGAACGAAUUCAGUUCUCGUAUUGAAAGAGUCGAAAAUCAAGAAAGUUUACGAGAAAAAAUCACCGAACUUAAGCAAGAACUAAAUGAACGCGACAGAUUAUCCCUCGGUUGUGACAUUGUGCUUAGCGGCAUUCCCGAGGAGGAGGGCGAAAAUGUAAUGCAUUUGGCGACUGCAAUGGCUCACAAAAUUGGAGUGGGCCUGGAAGAAAAUGACGUUGUUUUUACAGAGAGAUUGGGGCUCCGGCGCAAACCUGUCGGGCAAAAAUCGCGUGCUAUAAUUCUCCGCUUACUACUCCGCCCGGACGAAAUAUUACAUAGUGCGCGCGUGCGGCGGUAUGUCGACACUACCGGACUGAUCUUGAACAGCGACAAGCCCCCCAGUAGAAUUUACCUAAUGAACGGCUUACGCGCAAUGAUAAACAUUUAUUUCCUCUGGCGAAACAGGCAGCAGUAG